AUGGAUAUCGCCACGGACCUUCGCGUUAUUACAGAUCAUCCGCCCACAGAAGUUCCAUAUACUGUUCUGAAGAAGGCUUUCAUGACCCGCAUUUCCCUAUCAACGCAAAAGCGUCUGCUUUCCGAGGAGAACUUUGGGGACAAGAUGCCCACGCAGCUUCUUAGGCGUUUGGGGCAGCUGGCCGGGGGACGAAGUCUUGACGCCAUCAUGUUCAAGCGACGUUUCCUCCAAAAACUGCCCUCUUCUGUGAAAGCUGUCCUUGAGCCUAGCAUUCCUUCCUCGUCUUUCCAGAUGCUCACGGAGACUGCUAACCGCAUCCUCAAGUACUCCUAG